UAUCUGAGCCCGAAAUCGACUGAACGAAAACGUCUAUGAACACGCGCGUGAUUCACAUCAAUGGGAAUUAUUAUAUUUGUGUACCCCGAUUCCAAUUCACCUAGAUUCACAAAAAGAUAUGACUGUUGCGGUUAUCCUUCUGGAGCCUAGCUUCCUUUUGUCUAGCCAGUGUUUACUUGUAUCCUAAUAAAUGACGCGGGGCUGUGACUUCAUACGGGAGCUCCGGUGGCGUAUAGCCUAGGCGCGAGCCACCACCGCUCUGCUAAGCUGCUUGCGCUCCUCCUCUUUGUGAGGACCGGCUCCGCUUCUCCUCCGAAACUCGAACUGGGAAAAAACUGCUUUAAGGAUGGAGUCCGCGGGCGCGUACGGCGCCGGUAGGGCCGGCAGCACCUCGUUCGACCCGGUCGCCUUCUUCACACACCCCCGGACCGUCGUCCGACUGCUUUCCUGGGUCUUCUCCAUGGUGGUGUUCAGCUGCAUCGUGAACGAGGGCUACAUCAACAUCGGCAGCGAGCGCCUGCUGUGCGUGUUCAACAACAACAACGACGCCUGUAACUACGGCAUCACGGUGGGCGUGGCCUCCUUCCUGGGCAGCAUCUGCUUCCUGUUGCUGGACGUCUACUUCCCCUCCAUGAGCAGCGUGAAGGACCGCCGCAGGGCCGUUCUGCUGGACCUGGUCUUCUCUGGUCUGGCCAGCUUUCUUUGGUUUGUUGGCUUCUGCUUUCUGGCCAAUCAGUGGCAGGCCACAACUCCAGAAGAGCUGCCAUUGGCCCAGGGCUCCGACGCUGCCAGGGCAACCAUCGCCUUCUGCUUCUUCUCGAUCCUGACCUGGGGCUACCAGUGCCUGCUGACAUUAAGCAGGGUUAAGGACAUUGUCAUCAUGGAGGAAAAACACCGGCUCCUGCCUAAGAGCCCUCCCACCUCAAUAAUGCUGGUCUAACCUUGUGUUCCUCCAACCCGUCCCCCAUUCCCGCUGCCUUGCCUGAGUCGUAAUCGGUUUUGGUUUUGGUUUUUAUUUUUAUUACGACUUAGCACUUAAAUGCGCUGUAAGCGAUGCCGUCGUUUCGGCUAACUUUCGGUUCUUUUGUAGUUCGCACUCCCCCUUCCUGCCCUCCACGUCAGCAGAAACGCGGGUCUUGCACGCCUCCCGUCUCUCUCUCCCUGCCAGAUUUUCUUCUUUCUUUUCUUCAGUCAUUUUUUUUUUCCUGCUCAGCGUUCUGUUGUAUAAGCCGUUCCCGGCAGCGCUGGAGUCGGUAUCUUCGGGGACGUUCCUCCGUUGUCAGUCGGCACUGUAAUCCUGCCGGCUGCCCGAGAACACGCAGAGAGGCCCGCCCCUUUUGUGGGGUUCUCUCUCCUGAUUGGAGCUUAGAUACCAGAGAGACUGGGAGACCCAUGUUAGUGACUCAACACUUUGUGUCAGUGAUGGCUGUCGGAAUAAAGAGAUAAUUAACACUUUAAUUAAUAAAUAUCGCUUUCAGCGCCUUUAACAGCCGCGAUCAGACCUCCCACGUAGUAGUCCUAUUACAAAUAGCAGAAACCUAUUCGGGAACCAGCAAACCUUCUUCAGAGGUUGCAGGGAUGUCAAACCGUAGCCUAGGUGGCCGAAGAGUCUGGGGGGAACUUUCUUCCCAUCCGUCCGCUCGCCGCUGCUAUCGGUCAGGGCAGCAGAGCGCCCAGGGCUGCUGGCAUUUACUGGAGGUCACACGCUGACACUCGUACGUUCCCAGCCCCCAGAGCUUACCCGGUUAGUGGAGCAGUUCAGAUCGCCGCUGGCAACCGCUGGUGUGCCGUCUGGUGGUGGGUCUGGUGGUGGGUCUGGUGGUGGGUCUAGUGGUGGGUCUGGUGGUGGGUCUAGU